AUGUACAGCGACAACGCCACGAACAUCUUGGGAGCGAGCAACGUGCUAAAGGAUCUGAGCGCAGCGUUUCACCGCAGUCAGGAACAGUUGAGAGGAUACGCGGCUCAGAGAGGCGUCGAGUGGUAUUUCAUACCGCCGAGGUCACCACACUUCGAAGGACUGUGGGAGGCAGCAGUCAAGGCCGCCAAACACCGGCUGCUGCGAGGAGUCGGCAACGCCAAGCUGACAGCGGACGAGCUCAGCACCCACCUGGUCGAGGUAGAAGCGCUGCUCAAUUCUCGACCAAUCGCGUCGCCAGGCAACGAUCUCAACGAUGGAGAGGCCCUGACUCCAGGACAUCUGCUUAUCGGACAGCCUCUAAUCACGCUGCCGCAAGAUGCCGGCACAGGCGGAAUCUCCAGCAAGGCCAGUUGCGGAUAUUUGAGGCGGUGGCGAAUGCUGUCCGAUCUCAAGCAGCAGUUUUGGGCCAGUUGGUCCAAGGACUACAUCGCCAGCAUGCAGCAUCGCAACUAG